CCAAAUAUUUUAGCUGGUUUUGCCCCUGAAAUAAUUUGUUCCCCCUCCAAAACAUGGGAAAAAAUAAACACACCUUGUGAAUUUUGAAACUGUUGGUCAUUAUUUUUCUUUAUAUCGUUUGAAAUAUUUAUUUUUUAAUAUUUUAAAAUCAAAAUGGUUAAAAUAAAUAGGACUGUUAGUUUGAUGAUCUUUAUGAAAGGUAUUUUCUGUUUAGAUGUUUAUCUAUUUAAAUAUUUUUAUAUAUUUACAAAUACAUUUGGAGAUAUUACAACUAACAAUGUACCUUACAAUAUAAACACGCUGUUUUCUGGACAGUCAAAAAUCACGUGAUGCUAUUCCUUCAAUCAAUUAUGCAAAUGUGCAAGUCCGCUCUGUUGGUCAGGUUGUUUAUCACGUUUUGCUUUAUGUUAAGCCAACUAUUGCAUUAACUCGACACUUUUCAUAAAUAUGGACAGUUUGGAAUAUGAAACGCUCUUUAACUAUAAAGCUAAAGGCGAAUAUCCCCCGCAGUCAACAAAGCAAAACAAAUAUGUCAUUCGAAGGAAAGCCUCUUCGUACAAGAUUGAAGGUAAGAAUUUUUAUCUUCCAGAGUGAUACCUUGAAGGUAACCUCUACUUUAAUAUGUAUCAAAUAGUGGAAUGCAUUAGUUAUCUAAAAAGCAGUUAGAUAACACUCAAUGCUUUUUUGUUAUUGAUUUCCUGCUGUAUUAAUUUCGAUUAAUAUGUGUGCCCACACGAUUGUUACUCCAAGUUAUAAUGCAGGAAUAACGCACAAUUUUCUUGACUGCACUGGUUAUUCAUGUGAAUUACACUUCUACUCCAUUUCUACUUUUAAGUUGUGUUGUAGAAAGAUUCCCAAACUGCUACAUUAAUCAAUAAAAGAAACAAAAUCUAGCAAAGUGGCCAAUUUUAAAUGAAUAUGCAUUUGAUAAUGUCUUUCUUUAUGUUCUGUUUAUUGCAUGCUUCUUGUUUCAACUUCUAUGUAUAAGUCAGGUAGUAGUAUACAUUUGCCUAUUUUUAGAAUUAUAAAUGUAUUUUAAUAAUAGAAUUUCAUGCUUCAGUCAUAUUUUUAUUAGUGUCCUUUAUCUUUUCCAAGGAAAUGACCUCUUCUAUGUUAGACACAAAGGCAGUUCUUCCACAACAAAGGUGAAAGUUGUUAAAGGUGCAGAGGAAGCCGAAAGAAUAUUUGUUGACCUCCAUGCCAGCCCUACAGGUGCACAUUGUGGACAAAUAAAAACAACAGAUGCCAUCUCAAGAAGAUUUUAUUGGCCAGGAAUGUCUGUGGACAUCAAGAAAUGGGUAUGUUACAUAAGCAAUGGACUAAGGAAAGAAGUAAUACCAACUACAAGAUUUAAAUUUUAGAAAAAUAAAUGUCUAAGCAUUAUUUGUUUUACCAAUAAUAAUUGUCCAAUAACACUUUGCAUGUGUUAAAUUCUUGUUCACUAACUUCCCAGGUCUCUGAGUGCUCAUCCUGUCAGGCCAGUGGCCAAGCACUGACACAACCAUCAGUGUAUAGGAAUACAUAAUAAAAUAAAAAACAGGUUUAGUGAGACUACAUGGUCGUGUGCAGCAGUGGUUGAUUGUCCUGUUUUAUCUGUGCUCUCACAAAGGGCCUACAUUUUGAACAAGUUGAUGAAUAAAAUGUAUAUUUAUUAUACUAAACAUUUUACAAUAUACUGAGAAGCUAUUAUUUUUGCUUAACAAAAUACUGCUUUUAAAAUUUUUCCUGUGUUCUAUUAUUUUUAUUUAUUAAUCUAUUACGUCUUUCAUUUAAGGUUUCCCAUCCCUUUGAAUUAAUUGGGAUGGACCUCAUCGGAAAGCUGGCCGAAACAAAAUCUGGACACAAGUAUAUUUGUGUCAUGAUUGACUAUUUUACAAAGUGGCCACAGGCACUAAAAUCUAAAUCUGCACCUGAAGUUACGGGAUGCAUAAUUAAGUUUGUGCAUCAGUUUGAAGCCCCAAAAAGGAUUCUGACCGACCAAGGACGAGAAUUUGUAAAUUCUAUAAACCAAGAAGUGUGCAAAAUUCUUAAUAUAAAACGAAGCCUGUGUUCCUCUUACCAUCCCCAAACAAAUGGGUUGGUUGAAUAAAUGAAUGGGACCAUUCAAAGAGCUCUGAGGAAGGUUGUGGAUGGUCAUCCACACACUUGGGAUGAGUAUUUGGAUGCUGUGAUGUUUGGGAUUCGCACCAAAAAACAAAUUACAACACAGUAUUCCCCAUACUUCCUCAUGUUCGGAAGAGAGGCACGCUAUCCCUCAGAAGUCCCUGAACAUUACAUGAUUGACGGUGCUGUGGAGGACGUCAUUGGAGUGGAGGAGUUGGCAGAGGACCUUAAAAUCCAAGAAAGCUUGAGGAGCAUUGUCAGUGACAAUGUAUCCAAAAAACAAGAGAAAGCGAAGGGCAGAGCACAACAAAUUGGGACUGUGUUUAAACCUGGUGACCGAGUGUGGAGGCAGAACACACGCAGUCAGCAGAGAAAAGAUGUGCAAGAUGCUUUUACUGGGAAAAACAUAUUUGUCCUUCUGUCAAAAGUAAAUGCAUACAAGUUGUUUUACUUUGACAUUAAUAAAAUUGGUCCUGACAUGGAACUGGAGAGUCAGUCUAUUAACGCAUUUCUGGCAGCAAUGUGGCAGGGAAAAAGUCCUAGAUUAAAAAAGAUGAACCCAAUGAAUUAUGAAAUAAUUCUGGGAAUCAACAAUCAACACCACCACUGGACUUUAGUGGUGAUCUACCCACAAGAGAAAAAGUCUUUGUUCUUGAAUCCACUGGGGGAAUCAAAACAAGACAUCCAGAAAUGUUUGCAAAUCACAAGGGCAUUUAUGAGGAAGAAGGGGUGCAAUGUCUCACGUUGGACAUGUGACACAGUCAAGCAUCCAAAACAACAGGAUAGUACAUCAUGUGGUGUAUUUUCACUGAAGUUUGCAGAAAAAAUCCUAUCAAAGGAGGUUGUGGAUUUUCCUGUUUCCAAUGAGGCGGUCUACAGCAUGAGGUUGGAAAUUGCUGUGAGACUUAUCCUUAACAUUAAUAUUCUUAUUUUCAGUGUUUAUGACAAUUGUGAUCAUGAUUGCUAUUAUUUAUAGUACAGACCAA